CUAUAAAUGCUGCCUGUCUGCUGUGUACGAGCUAUUAGAGAAGUGACACAGCUGCCUUACAGAAGUCAAUUCAACCUGUGGAAUACUCCAUUGGAUCUGAAACUUACAACAGCUUUUGCAUCUCGUAGAGACUAACAGAGUCAAAAUGAAAUUCAUCCUGCGCUCCUUUCUAUGCGGCUGCCUGCUGGCCACAGUAGCGCACUGUGUAGAGCUCGAUCCUGAGCUCAAAAAGAGGCUAAACACAUGGCUGGGGAGCCGGCUCAGACGGGAUCUUUACACUCUGUCUACAGAGCAGAAACUGGUCAGACCUGAGGACUUCAGGGACUCACUGACACACUCCAGCUCCCACACUAAUGUCCGCACCAAGAGGUCCAACCAGCCGAGGAGACAGGGCUGCUCCCUUGGCACCUGCACAGUGCAUGACCUGGCACAUCGCCUGCACCAGCUCAACAACAAGCUGAAGAUCGGCAGCGCCCCCGUGGCCAAGAUCAGCCCCCAGGGGUACGGCCGCAGACGGCGCUCCGUCCCAGAGCACAGGCUCAGUCUCAGGCUGGACCAGGGCAGGCUCAGGCCCAUGUGGAGCCAAAGAGACUCUCAGCUCCACAAGCUAGAGGCACUCCUCAGACGGACAUGAGCAGCACUUUGAAAGAGGAGAUAGAACAGAAAAGGAGAAGAGGACACAUGGUGUCCUCUGCUCUGCUUAAAGACUUUUCAGAUGCCUCUGACUCGCUCCAAGUUUUGUCCAGUACAUUGUUCCAGAGGAUGGAGAGUCAGAGCUCGGCCGGCUGCAGCUCACUGAUGUGGAAUGGCCUGCAGCUGGCUCAUAGACACUGGAUAGCACUGAGUAAAGUCAUGGUGCUGCUCUCCACUUGUGACAGGCCAAGUGGACACAAGUUAAAA